AUGUCUGCACCCAAUGAAGAUAUCUCCAAGUAUGAUUCCACCUACGAUGAGGACGCCAAGUCGCGGGUCAGGGCCCAUCAAAAGAUCGACGGGCACGAACUCAAGUCCGAAUUCGAUGUCCUCACAGUACCUCAGGUCAUGUGGAAGUUCCGCAAAGCCCUCUCAUUCGGCGUCAUCAUUGGUGUUACCGCACUUGCAGAUGGCUACGCCGGUAUGAUCAAUGGUGUGAUCAUCGCCAAUCCUGGCUUUGUCAAGCAGUUUGGAACAGUCACGACACCUGAUGGCACUAAAGCUCUCGCGCCAAGUAUAGUCUCCGCUUGGGGUGCCGUGCAGGCGGCUGCGCAGAUCCUCACCUCUCUGACUUUCUCAACUUUCUCUGACCGAUACGGACGGAAAGUCACCUUCUACACAGUCUGGGCACUCACAGCUAUCUCUUUCGUCACUUUCCAAGUCUGUACUGAGUGGAAGUUGUUCUUGGUAUCCCGUAUAUUUGGUGGCGCUGGUCUCGGUGCCGCACAAUCCUUAGCACCGUCUUAUAUCUGUGAAUUCGCGCCUGUCCGGACACGUGGUCUUGCAUUGCUGGUGUAUUACAUCUGCAACUCCCUUGGUCUCCUGAUGGGGCCCGUGGUCAUGGAGAUCUUAUCUCGUACACAACCCGAGAACUAUAAGAUCGCCAUCUACACCCAGUGGCCAGUUCUUGCCUACAUGGCGUUCGCUUACCUUUACGUCCCCGAAUCUCACUGGUUCUACGCCAUCCAUGACCAAGACGAAAAGGCUAAGAAAACCAUGCGCCGUGCCUAUGGCAAGAUCGAGAAUUACGACAUUGACACUGAGUACGCCAUCAUCAAAAACACCUUAAUGGAGGAGCGUGCUCAGAACUCUUACGGGACCUUGCAAGAUGUUCUCAAAUCCUACGUUGCGGUCUUCCAGGGACGGAACAAGUGGCGACUGAUUGCUGGAACUGUGCCACUUAUGUGUUGCCAGCUGUCAGGGGUCAACCUUUUCGGUAACUACUCUGCAUACUUCUUCUCGUUGGCGGGGUUCAGCAACCCCUACCUCGUUCAGGUGCUUAUUUUCGGCUCCACACUAGCGACACAGUGUGUCACAGCUUUUGUCGUCGAAUACGUCGGUCGUCGGCGACUCGUAUUUAUUGGUGCUAUUGUGGACUGUAUCUGCUGCGCAGUGAUCGGCUUGAUCGGUAGCCUUGGAAAAACUCUGGUCUUAAAGGACUUUGUCAUCGCUGUGACUAUGAUCUGGGCGGUCUUCAACACAUUCCUUGGAACACUUGGAGGUUCAUACACUGCAGAGGCGCCUUCGAGUCGUAUGCGUACCCGUUCCGCCGGUAUCUCCCAAGGCGGAGUUGCCAUCAUCGGUCUUGCCCUCACCAUUGGCAUCCCGUACAUGAUCAACCCACCUGCCAACCUCGGUCUCAAGUCUGGCUGGGUGUUUGCUGGUCUCAUGUUUCCCAUGUGCUUUGCCGUCUACUUCCUGGUCCCUGACUUCACUGGACGAUCGCCGUCAGAGCUAGACGAACUCUGGGAGGCGCGAAUACCUGCCUGGCGCUUCCAUAAGACCAAGACAAAUAUUCAGCUGGAUCUGCAGCAGAGGAUGGAGUACGAAAAGGCCAUGUCUGGAACCCCUGCCGUUCUUACGGAGGACUAA